GUGGGCAUCGCCUGCUAUCCAAGGAUGAGGACCCCUUUUCGGUUUGUCACCAGAAGCUGUAAGGCUGUUCACAGACUGCAACAAAGCUCAUUUCUCUCUCCAAUUUCAGCUGUGUCGAGUCAUCAGAGGAUUGCUGUGUUGAGAAACACGAGCACCUAUUUCUGCAAAGAAGACAGGAGUUACUACAUUACCACUCCCAUCUUCUAUGUCAAUGCUUCUCCUCAUUUAGGACACUUGUAUUCAGCUGUGAUUGCUGACUGCUUACACAGGUACAAGCUACUUCAGGGCUUCAACUCAAAGUUUGCAACAGGCACAGAUGAACAUGGCUUGAAAAUCCAACAAGCUGCUGAAGCUGCAGGAAAAGAUCCCCUGACUUUCUGCACUGAUGUAUCUGAGAGAUUCAAACAUCUCUUCAACAGCUGCAACAUAUCAUAUACAGACUACAUAAGAACCACUGAGCAGGCACACUGUCAGGCUGUAAAGCAUUUCUGGUCAGUCCUCUGCAACAAAGGGCUCAUCUACAAGGGGAGUUAUGAAGGCUGGUACUCCACCCAAGAUGAAAGCUUCCUAACAGCGUCGCAGGUGGGCGAUGCUUGGGACUCAUCAGGGAAGGAGAUCAAAGUAUCCCUGGAGAGUGGCCACAAGGUGGAGUGGAUGAAAGAGGAGAACUACAUGUUCCGUCUGUCUGCAUUUCGGUCUCAGCUGCUUGACUGGCUCAGAGGAAAUCCCCGGGCCAUACAGCCUGAGCGUUUCUACCAGGCUGUCAUCCAGUGGCUGCAGGAGGACCUUCCUGACCUGUCAGUCUCCCGCCAGAGAAGCCGCCUUCAGUGGGGCAUCCCAGUCCCGGGUGAUGCUGAACAAACCAUCUAUGUGUGGCUAGAUGCUCUGGUGAACUACCUUACAGUAGCUGGCUAUCCAGAUAAAUGCAGCCAAUGGUGGAACGUAGCCCACCACAUUGUAGGAAAGGACAUCUUAAAAUUUCACGCCAUCUACUGGCCAGCUUUUCUUCUAGGAGCUGGACUGCCGCUGCCACAGACGAUAUAUGUGCACUCUCACUGGACAGUAGGAGGAAAGAAGAUGUCUAAAAGUUUGGGUAAUGUGGUGGAUCCUCUUGUACGCUCACAGAUGUUCACAACGGAUGGUAUGAGGUACUUUCUUCUGCGUCAGGGUGUCCCAGACUCAGACUGCGAUUACACAGACAACAAAGUUAUCAAGCUGCUCAAUGCAGAGCUUGCUGACUCUCUGGGUGGUCUGCUGAAUCGCUGCACCGCUCCAGCUCUUAACCCAGCUCAGGUCUACCCCUCUUUCUGCCCUCAGUCCUUCCCAAGUCAACAUGGAGGCAGGGCUGUGGUUGAAGACUACAACAUGUUGGAUGCUGUGAAAAAUCUCCCUGCUGUGGUCGAGCAGCACUAUGAAAGCAUGCAUGUAUACAAAGCUCUGGAGGCCAUCAGUGCCUGUGUGAGGCAGACCAACGGGUUUGUUCAGCGCCAUGCCCCUUGGAAGCUGGAUAGGAGGGACAGUAAAGACCAGCACUGGCUAGACACAAUCAUACAUGUCUCCCUUGAAUGCCUGAGGAUUUAUGGCACACUCCUCCAGCCAAUAGUGCCAGAGAUUUCUAACAAGCUGCUGUCAAGACUCGGGGUGCAACCAGGCGAGAGGAGCUGGGUGGAUGUGAAUUUCCUGCCAAGGUAUCAAGGAAUGGACUGUCCCUUUGAAGGGAGAGCGCUAGGAUCGGACUCUGGAGUGCUUUUUAGUCGCUUGGAAAGUCAGAAUAUAGAUAAACAAAAACCUAAAAAAACAAAAAAGGCAGAACAUUUGAAAUGAAGUUUUUUGUUUCCUGUACUGUGUUUCAUUGACAUCUUUUUCACUGUUAGUUUUGCUGUAAACUGUCAGGGCGUCAUUAAUGUUAUUUGUAACACCUGUGCUUUUUCUUAUAAAGUCAAGUCAAAAUGCCUGCAUUGAA